AACAUGCAAUUAAUCACUUGCCAGUUAUAACAACCAUAAUUUAUCAGUACCCGAACACUUCCGCCGUGGCCAUGGCGUCGUCGUCGUGGUGCUUCUCUCCCGUCACCGUAACCACCACCGCCACUACCCGCCGCUACUCUUUAACCUCUCAAACUCCUAAAUUUCUCAUCAACCAACUCCCUUCUUCUUCUCGCUUUUCCACCACUCCAUCUUCCCUUCGAUUUAGGGUUCCAUGCUCCAACAAAACCGAUAAAUCAACGGAAUCCACCGAACUUGAUGUUCUAGAUUGCGUGGAAACAGGGCAAGACGUGGAGUGCUUAUUAACUGAAGAAGAAGAAAAUGGAAAAGUAGAGAAAAAAGAUGAAUCAUCAAAGAAGAUGCUUUGUCUAGCGGAAGGGUUAUGGGAAGGUGCUGUUUUAAUAUCGCCGUUUUUCUUCUGGGGGACUGCCAUGGUGGCGAUGAAGGAAGUGCUUCCUAAAUAUGGUCCUUUCUUCGUUUCGUCUUUUCGUCUCAUUCCAGCUGGGUUCCUUCUCGUUGCUUUCGCUGCUUCCAGAGGAAGACCUUUCCCCUCUGGCCUCAAUGCAUGGCUUUCCAUUUCGCUCUUCGCCAUUAUUGAUGCUGCUUGCUUUCAGGGUUUUCUCGCAGAAGGGUUGCAGAAGACUUCAGCUGGUUUGGGAAGUGUUAUUAUUGAUUCACAACCUUUGACAGUGGCUGUACUUGCAGCUUUGUUAUUUGGCGAGUCCAUAGGAAUUAUCGGAGCUGCUGGGCUUGUACUUGGUGUCGUAGGACUUGUGUUACUAGAGUUACCUGCCCUAUCAUUUGAUGGGACUGGGAGCAACUUCUCACUGUGGGGAAGUGGGGAGUUAUGGAUGCUUCUUGCAGCUCAGAGCAUGGCAGUUGGCACUGUUAUGGUUCGUUGGGUCUCCAAGUACUCUGAUCCUAUCAUGGCAACUGGAUGGCAUAUGGUUAUUGGCGGUCUCCCCCUUGUGGCAUUCGCAAUUCUUAAUAAUGAGCCUGCUGUAAGUGGGAUUCUUGAAGAGUACAGUUCAAGUGAUAUAUUGUCACUCCUCUACACAUCCAUUUUUGGAAGCGCUGUUAGCUAUGGUGUGUUCUUUUACAGUGCAACUAAAGGUAGCUUGACCAAGCUCAGUUCUCUUACAUUUCUAACCCCAAUGUUUGCCUCAAUUUUCGGGUUUCUGUAUCUUGGUGAGACCUUCUCACCUGUACAGCUUAUUGGGGCCAGUGUAACUGUAGCUGCAAUAUACAUGGUUAACUUCAGAAACUCCUUAGAAUGAAUUAUAUAGUCAGAUUUCUACUGGUUCUUUCACCUAACCCAAAGGAAAAAUUUCCACAAACAAAUUGGGAAUGCUAGUGCUUUUGGACAUGAAGGGGAGAGAAGUUUGAGCGACAUGUGGUCUUGAGCACUUGCUAUCAUUCUUUAAAGUGUAAAUACAAUUUUUAUUAGUUGUUAAUAUAGGCCUCCAGCCUCUUCCUACACAAUACAUAGCAGAAUAUUGUAAGUUAUUAGAGGUGAAUACAAGCCUUAUUAUAUACAAGGGAAAUAUUGUUUCCAUAGAUUACUGUUGCACUAGGACUGAAUAAGAAUGUAUAUAUUAUGACUUUUGUAUGGCAAGUUUUGUAUAAGAUGAACUGUAGAUCACACGAAUGAAAUAUAAAUCUCGGGUUAGAGCUGAA